AUGGCGAAAGCACAGCGCUCGAAGCGCAACUCGUCUGCCGCUUCGCCCUACCAGAAACCCGCGGCGACCCGGGCGCCCAUCUUCAAAUUCAACACCAACAUCGGCCAGCACAUUCUUAAGAACGCCGCCAUCGCAGAUGCCAUCGUCGCCAAGGCAAACAUACAACCCGUCGAGACGGUCCUCGAAAUCGGUCCCGGUACCGGCGUUCUGACGACGAGGAUAUUAGAUCAUGCCAAGAGCGUGAUUGCUGUAGAACUUGACCCCAGGAUGGCUGCCGAGCUGUCUUGUGUGGUGCAGGGGACGCCGAAGCAACAAAAGUUGCAGAUCGUGCUCGGCGACUUUAUCAAGCUUGAGUCGUCUGAGUUGAAGCCGUUCGAUGUCUGUAUCAGUAAUACGCCCUAUCAGAUUUCCUCGCCGCUCGUGUUCAAACUCCUCUCCAUGCCUAAGCCCCCUCGAGUCAGCAUUCUUAUGGUUCAGCGAGAAUUCGCCCUUCGAUUGAUUGCUCGCCCCGGCGACUCCCUCUACUCCCGACUCUCCGUCAACGCCCAAUUCUUCUCCAAGGUUUCGCACGUCAUGAAAGUCAGCAAGAAGAAUUUCACUCCUCCUCCACAAGUCGAGUCUAGCGUCGUUAGGAUAGAGCCGAGGACGGACCGUCCUAACAUCAGCUGGGACGAGUGGGACGGCAUGUUGCGCGUCUGCUUCAUGAGGAAGAACAAGACGUUGAGGGCGACGUGGACUGGUAACAAGGUGAAGGCCAUGGUGGAGCAAAACUGGAUCACGUGGGCGUGCAUCAAUACGGAGCAAAUUCCCGAGCGGGAUUGGAAGAUUUUGAGAGGAGAGGAGACGGCGGACGAUCAGGCAAUGGACGACGCGGCGGAUGAGGAUGAUGAGAUGGGGGAGGCCAGUGGUGAUGAGGACAUGAUGGAUGAAGAUGGCCCUAGCAAGAAGCUCGCCAAGGUUAACACUAGCAAGGGCGGGAACAUCACCUUGGGUCUUACCCAAAUCCCCCGGGCUCUGGUUUCCCAACUGAUUUCUAUAAAGAUCCGUCGUGUGCUCGAGUCGACGAAGCUGGGCGGUCAGCGUGCUGCCAAGUGCGAUGAAACUGACUUUUUGCAUCUCUUGAGCGCGUUCAACGACGAAGGGUUGCACUUUGCUUAG